UGGUUGAAAAGACACCCCCCCCUCUCUCUCCAAUUUUAUCUCUCUAAAUUCUUGAUAUUCAUAAAUUCCUCCAUAAUCUCUUCAUAAUAACAAAUCAAACCCAUAAAUCUAGGGUUUCCUUCUCUCUCGAAUUUCAAAUCCACCCCCCCCCCAAAAAAAAAAAAAACAAGAAGAGAAAAUUGCAGUCUCUCAAAUCCGCUACUGGAUCUCCACGAAAUUGAAUUUCAAAAGAGUGAUUAAGAAGAUUAAGAGAGAAAUCAUGACGAUGAUUGAUUCAAGUUGUUUAAUGGAGAAUGGAGGAGGAGUAGGGGGAGGAGGAGGAGGAAGUUGUUUGCCGUGUACGCCUGAAGAAGAGAAACAGAUCGUUGAGGAGUUGAAUCGUGAAGCUGAACGUGAUUUGAAAGAAGGGAAUUUAUAUUUUGUUGUUUCUUCUAGGUGGUUCUCGAAAUGGGAGAGAUAUGUUGGUCAAGGCUUUGUUGACAACUUGGAUAAUGGGAAAUCUUUGGAGUCUCAAGAUUUGGAUGCUGAAAGACCUGGGCCAAUUGAUAACUCUGAUAUAAUUGAGGGUGGGAGUGGUAAUGAGGGUGAUGAACUGGAGCUUGGUAGAGCACUGUUGGAAGGAAAGGACUAUGUAUUAGUUCCUAAGAAAGUUUGGGAGAAGCUUGUCCAGUGGUAUAAAGGAGGACCAACAUUGCCAAGAAAGAUGAUCUCUCAGGGUGUUUUUAACAGAAAGCAGUUCAAUGUGGAGGUCUAUCCGCUUUGCCUCAAGUUAAUUGACCCCAGAGAUGAUAGUGAAUCAACUAUACGGAUAAGCAAAAAAGCUUCUCUGCAAGAGCUCUAUGAGAGGGUUUGCUCAGUUAGAAGAGUAGAGCGUGAAAAGCAGGCCUCUAUAUGGGACUACUUCAAUAAGCAAAAGAUUUCACAGUUGAGCGAUUCAAACCAAACCUUGGAGGAAUUAAACUUGCAGAUGGAUCAAGAGAUUCUUUUGGAGCUGAAAGAAGAUAGUUCUCCUUCUCAAUCUGGAAAGGAUUCGACAGGGAAUGAGUUAGCAGUGGUAACCUUGGAACCUCCAAGGUCCCCCGUGUCGAUUGCAGGGGGGCCGGUCAUGUCAAAUGGUCACUCGAGUAGUUAUAGCUUGAACUUACAGCCAGGAAGUGCCUUAAACUCAUCAUUCACAGAUAUGGACAAUGGAUUUGGUGCUAGCUCUGUUAGGAGAGUAGAGAAGGGAGGUUUGGCAGGACUGCAGAAUAUGGGAAAUACUUGCUUUAUGAAUAGUGCUUUGCAAUGCUUAAUCCACACACCUCAACUUGUUGAGUAUUUCUUGCAAGAUUACUCUGAGGAAAUCAACACACAGAAUCCUUUAGGAAUGCAUGGUGAACUUGCACUUGCAUUUGGUGAAUUGUUGAGGAAACUGUGGUCCUCAGGCCGGACUGCCAUUGCACCGCGUGUAUUUAAGGGAAAACUAGCACUAUUUGCUCCUCAAUUCAGUGGUUAUAAUCAACAUGAUUCUCAAGAACUUCUUGCUUUUUUGCUGGAUGGGCUGCAUGAAGAUUUGAAUCGUGUCAAGCAGAAGCCUUACAUUGAAAUGAAGGAUUGGAGUGGUGAACCAGACGAGGAAAUUGCAGAUGAGUGCUGGAGAAAUCACAAGGCUCGGAAUGACUCAGUUAUUGUGGAUGUUUGCCAAGGUCAAUAUAAGUCAACGCUGGUUUGCCCAAUUUGCAGCAAAAUUUCAAUUACUUUUGACCCCUUCAUGUAUUUGUCAUUGCCACUGCCUUCAACUGUCACUCGGUCAAUGACAGUAACAGUGUUUUAUGGUGAUGGAAGUGGCCUUCCAAUGCCAUACACCAUUUCAGUGCUAAAACAUGGUAAUUGUAGAGAUCUUAGCCAGGCACUGGGAACUGCAUGCUGUAUGAAAGGUGGAGAAAGCCUUCUGCUGGCAGAAGUAUUUGAUCACAAGAUUUAUCGUCUGCUGGAAAAUCCUUUUGAACCAUUGGUCUCUAUAAAGGAUGAAGAUCGUAUUGUGGCCUAUCGAUUUUCUGGAAAGGGAACAGGAAGAAGGAAAUUGGAAAUUAUUCAUCGGGAUAAGUCCACUCUGGAAUUGCUGAAGGGAAAUGUUGGGAAAUCUUUUGGCACACCUCUGAUAACUUACAUGGAUGAUGACUCACCAACUGGAGCUGAUAUCUAUUUAGCUGCUUGUAAACUUCUCUCACCUUUGAAAAGAGCAUGUUCCCCUACUAUGGCUCAUAGUGGCAAGGAGAAUGGUUUGCUUUCAGAGGCUAAUGCUGAAACAUCAAGUAGCUGCAAUGGUCAAUGUGAACCUAGAGACCAAUCCAUGGGUGACACAGAACUAGAGGACACAUCUAGCCGGGAAUUAUCAUUCCAGCUCUUUUUGACUGAUGAUCGGUAUUCAAGCUGCAAGCCAAUCUUUAAGGAUUCUGUCAUAAACUCUGGAAAUCAAAUAAAGGUUGUCAUGGAGUGGACUGAGAAAGAACAGAAAUUAUACGAUUCCAGCUAUCUGAAGGAUCUCCCCGAGGUUUAUCACAAGAAUGGGUAUACAACAAAGAAAACCCGACAGGAAGUUGUCUCUUUAUUUUCAUGCCUGGAGGCAUUCUUGACAGAAGAGCCUCUCGGGCCUGAUGACAUGUGGUAUUGUCCUAGCUGUAAAGAACAUAGACAAGCUACCAAGAAACUUGACUUGUGGAUGUUGCCAGAUAUUCUUGUUUUUCACUUGAAACGGUUCUCAUACAGCAGAUACCUGAAGAACAAACUGGAUACUUUUGUGGAUUUCCCUAUUCACAAUCUUGAUUUGAGUAAAUAUGUGAAAAAGAAGGAUGGACAUUCUUUCACGUACGAACUAUUUGCCAUCAGCAACCAUUAUGGUGGUCUAGGUGGAGGGCACUAUACUGCAUUUGCCAAGUUGAUUGAUGAGAAUAGAUGGUACAGUUUCGAUGAUAGCCGAGUUUCUCCAGUUAAUGAAGAUGACAUCAAGACAUCAGCAGCGUAUGUCUUGUUCUACCGAAGAGUCAGGACUGAAUCAAAGGCCGAAUCGGGAGAGACAUCACAAGUUCAAGCUGGUUCUUAAAAUGCUAUGCGGUCACUCUGGGUUUGGAUCAUAAUGUUCCAUACCACAUUGGCCAGCUUCACGGGAAAUAAUUCCGCCUAGCAAUCCUGCAAGUUACCAUUAGAGGAAAGCUCUACUCAUGGAUUGCCGUCAAGGAAAAGAAUUUGCAAAACGUAGCAGGCAAUUAGUUUACCAUAUUUUUUUAAUUCUUGGGGAGAGAUUUUGGCUCUCUAUUAGGCAGCUUAUUGAUCAUCCUCUUAUCAAUAUUAGUCGGUCGCAGCCCUUUUUUCUUGCCUUUUUUGCAUUACACCCAGACUUCCCCUAGUGAUUGGAUUACAAAACAAGAAGACUCGCCCUGCCUUUCGGUUUCUAUCGACAUGGCAUAAAACAAUCACCGGUGUAGAUUCACAGUGCUGUAAAAUUAGAUCAAGGGCAUUGAAUCUGAAAUAAGAUUUUCCCUCGUGUAUUUUUCGCUCCUAGACAGUAUUAUCAUAUAAUUUUUUUUUUUUAA